AUUCGACCAAUGGUUACACAGGACGAUUCCUAGGAUUUUCUGUUUACAUAUCGAACACAACAACCAAAGAUGACGGGUUCUUAUGUUUUAAGGACACACACUUCACCCGAGACACAAUACCGGAGAAUUUUACAACGGAGUGUGUACAACAUGGACGGUAUGUCAUUUAUUACAACGAGAGAGGGGGGUCGAUCAAUCGUCCUGGAUUUUCCCAGGCAGCAUUCAACGAGCUCUGUGAACUUCAAGUUCUUGGAUGCCCUACCUCUGGUGUUUACGGAGAAAACUGUGAUCUACCGUGUCCACAGAAUUGUCAGGAGGGUCAUUGUAACAUUGUUGACGGGACUUGUCUUGGAUGUGUUGCUGGAUACAAAGGAUCACGAUGUGAAGAACAAUGUGACCCCAGUACAUAUGGUCUUGAGUGUAAUAAAACCUGUGGUAACUGUAGUGACGGGGACCAUUGUAAUCACGAGAACGGAAGUUGUCCAAACGGAUGUGACGUUGGUGUCCAAGGAUAUAGAUGUGACGAAGCCUGUCCAUUUGGUAGACAUGGAAAGAAUUGUGAUGAGAUCUGUAAGCCAAACUGUAGAGAUUGUAACAGAUUCACUGGUGUCUGUGAGUUUGGAUGUCAACCUGGAUGGAAAGGGACUUUCUGUGAAAACGAAUGUGAUGAACGGAUGUACGGUGAGAAAUGUCAUACCCCAUGUGGAUUAUGUUUGAAUUUGGAACAAUGUCACCAUGUGAAUGGAACGUGUUUUAAUAGAUGUGACAGAGGAUUUCAGGGAGAUAAAUGUACUGCAGAAUGUCCUCCUGGACGUUAUAACUACAAUUGUGAGGACACAUGUAACAUGAACUGUGGAGUCCCUGGUAGAUGUAACAGAGUGACAGGGAAAUGUCAAAGUGGAUGUCAACCGGGGUGGAAAGGCGUGAAAUGUGAUAAAACAUGUGAUGGUGGUAAAUUUGGACAGAACUGUGCUCAGUCAUGCGGGGUUUGUCUUGAUAAAGAACAAUGUCAUCACGUAAAUGGGUCAUGCUUGAAUGGCUGCGAUAGAGGUUAUCAAGGGAUCAACUGUACACUAGCAUGUCCAAAUGGACGUUAUGGAUACAAUUGUCAGGAGACGUGUAGCGCCACUUGUGGAUAUCCAAAGAGUUGUGACGCAAUAACAGGGCAGUGUUAUGUUAUAUCAUCAGAUAGUGAUACAAACAGUCAGUGUUCUCCAUCUCUUUAUGGUGUGGUUGCCACGCUAUGUUUAAGUGUGGCCUUGAAUAUUUUUCUCCUGACCUGGACUUUUAGAAAUGGAGCAUGCAAAGGAAAAUGUCAAGAAAAGAAAAACACACAACAGGGGUUCACUGACCACACGAAGCCUAACACAGAGAUCUAUGAUAAAGUGGAAGACAAUGCAGGAUACCAAGAACUGGGUCAAAUAAGUCAACCAUCUCAUUAUGAUAAAUUACAUUAGAGAAAAAUGAGGAUUUUGUGUAUACAGUGUACAAUGUUAGUAUUUUGUCAAAAGUUUUAUAAUGGUGACAUAGGAAAGUUUGGGAACAAAUUAAAUUAAAUGUUAAUAUUUGUUUCUGAUAUUAUAACGAUAGUACAACAUAUAAAUUUACAGCUUUCGGAUUGUUGUCUGUCCUACUUUGAAAUUCAAGUCUGUAUUUUAAAUUUGAUACUUUGAAACUUGUGUUUCAUUGUACACGACCAUUUAUAUGAAGUUUUGUUCCCGUUAUUACUCGAUCAUGACAAGGAGCAAACGGCAGACUGACCGGUCGGCAGUAAUGCUCAAUCCUCUAUGGCACCUCAUCUCAUCUCUAGGGUUUUGGAAAUUCGUGUUUGAUCCGCUUCUGUUUCUUUUG